AUGGAAGAGAUCGCCCCCGAAUACGAUGUCGUCGUGCUGGGCACCGGCUUGACCGAGUGUAUCCUCUCGGGCGUGGAGUCCGUCAAGGGCAAGAAGGUCCUGCACAUGGACCGCAAUGACCAUUACGGAGGCGAGGCAGCAUCUGUAAACCUGGAGACGAUGUUCAAGAAGUACGGCAACUACCAGCAGGGGACCGAACCGUGGAAGAAGUAUGGCCGUGCCAACGAUUGGAACAUCGAUCUUGUGCCUAAGCUCCUCAUGAGCAAUGGCGAGCUCACCAACAUCCUCGUUUCCACCGACGUCACGCGAUACAUCGAGUUCAAGCAGAUCGCUGGCAGCUAUGUUCAACAGGGGAAUGCCCCAAAGGCGACAGUUGCAAAGGUCCCAAGUGACGCUGGUGAGGCGUUGAAGAGUCCCCUCAUGGGAAUUUUUGAGAAGAGGAGGGCGAAGAAUUUCUUGCAGUGGGUAGGCGGUUUCGACGAGAACAACCCGAGCACACACAACGGUACGUAAUCGCAUGUGGAUACUCCAGACAGUUCUGAUGCGGAGCCAGGCAUGAACCUCGCGCAAACCACCAUGCGGCAAGUCUACGACAAGUACGGCCUCGAGGCAACUACUCGUGACUUCAUCGGUCACAGCAUGGCUCUGUACACGACCGACGACUACAUCGAGAAGAAGGGGGCAGCAAAGGAAUGUGUUGAGCGCAUUCGUCUUUACGUGAACAGCAUGGCACGAUACGGCAAGAGCCCGUAUAUCUACCCACUGUACGGUCUGGGCGAACUACCACAGGGAUUCGCUCGUCUGAGUGCCAUCUACGGCGGAACGUAUAUGCUGAACACCAACAUUGACGAGAUCAAGUACGAGGGUGGCAAGGUUUCUGGAAUCAGAGCAACAAUGAAGGAGCGAGGAGAAGAGGGUGAGGGCAUGAAGUUCGAGACGAAGUGUAAGAAGAUUAUCGCCGACCCUUCGUACUUCCAGGACAAGGUGCGGGUGGUCGGCCACUACUUGAAGGCCAUUUGCAUUCUGAACCACCCAAUCGACAAGACGGACAACGCAGACUCGCUGCAAUUGAUCAUUCCACAGUCGCAGGUUGGCCGUAAGCAUGGUAUGUGCAAACCUCGGGAAUACUUACUGGGAGUACAUACUGACAAGUCUUCUUCAAGAUAUCUACAUCGCAAUGGUCUCUUCAAACCACAAUGUAUGUCCCAAGGGAUACUACAUCGCCAUCGUCUCCACCGUCGCCGAGACUGAUGCAAACCAUCAUCUCGAACUGGCACCUGGUCUUGAGCGCCUUGGCAAGAUCGAGGAGCAGUUCAUGGGCCCGCCAAUUCCGAUCUACGAGCCUAUCGAGGAUGGCACGAAGGACAAUGUUUUCAUCUCCAAGAGCUAUGACGCAUCGAGCCAUUUUGAGACCAUGACCGAGGACGUCAGAGACAUCUACCGCAGAGCGGAAGGGGAAGAGCUCAAGGUUGAGGGUCUGAAGGAGGGGCAGAAUCUUGUUGGAGAAGAGUAA